AUGAAAACUAUAAGUUUAUGUGGGAUAGAUGUUGGUGGUUUGGGAAGCCAGUCCGAUGCUCAGAUCUACAACCAGUCCGAACUGAAAGAAUGUUUGGAAGACGGCUCUAUUGGACUUCCUCCUCCGUCACCCUUGCCAAACGAUGACCAGGAUUUCCUAUACUUUCUGCUAGGAGAUGAUGCAUUUGGCCUUCGCUCAUUCCUCAUGAAGCCAUUAUCGGACCGUACUCUGACAAGAGAGGAACUGAUUGCCAACUACAGGAUUUCCAGAGCAAGACGUGUGGUAGAAAAUGCCUUCGGUAUUUUGGCACAUCGUUGGAGAGUCCUCUUGGCAACGAUGCAACAGAUGCCACUGACUGCACAGGUUAUCAUUGAAUCGUGUGUGUGCCUUCAUAACUUCAUCCGUAUUCGAAACCCGGCUAUUCAGAACAUUCAAUUAGAUAACGAAGAUGGUGCCCACAACCUCGUACCUGGUUUAUGA